CACCCAGUCCUAUUAGCCAACCGGCGGAGGGGGGCGGGCGGUUCUAAAGCUGAAGACUCCCGAGCCGCCGAAGGAACAUGCCAGGGGAUCCCUUUGGGCAAAAUAGGGUAGUCUGAAGCGCCACUUUCCUAUGGGGAUUCAUGUCACAACGAGCGCGACUCCACCAUGAACUCCAUAGUCAUCCUGUCCGUUAUUCUGUGCCUGAAGGCCGCGGCACCGGACGUCGUCCCUGAGCCUGAACUUGACCUGACAGGUGAGCUGGCCGGGACCCUGGCUUUCUACCAGACGGAGGGGAACCAGACGUACAUGCGCAGCAAUGGAGAGCUGGCCAGUGACCUCCCCACCGAGGUGGCCUUUGAGCUGCAGGACCCUCGGAAUCACUUCCGUCAAGCAUCCUUCUCUUACACCUGGGACCUGGGUGAUGGAACUCCCAUUCAGACCAGCGAGCCCCGCAUCGCCAUGAACUACACGCUUCCUGGCCGCUACUCCCUCAGCGUGGACGUGGUGGCCUACUGGGAGCGCGGCGACGGCCGUGGACGGGCCUUUCCUACCCAAAGCAACACAUUCAAGGCAGACCUGACGGUGCUGGACGCAGUAAGAAGCAUUGAAGUCAGCAGCCCAACCAGCAUCCUCGUGGACCAGAGCGUAGCACUCACCCUGGCGGUCAAUGGCAGUCCUCCAAUGACCGUCUGUUGGUCCAUUACAUCCGACUGCCAAGUGGCCUCCCUCAAGCACUGCCAUCUGCUGAAGAUGAAUGGUAAGCGGUGCAUCCUGAACUACACGUUCCCCAACUCUGGCCAUUACUGUCUGGGGGUCAAAGUCAAGAAUGACAUCAGCGCCAUGCAGGCUUUCCGGGACCUGACUGUGCAGCAGGACGUCACACACUUGUUCCUGUUCAUCCUCCCCUGUGCUGCGCUCCUGCUGAUGACCAUCGGGUUUAUCGGGUUCUCGGCUUUCAGGCAGCCCACGCCACAGAUGAAGAGUCUGCUGGAGGUCACUGAUUUUCAUUUUUCCGGCCACUCCAGCAAGAACUCCUCCGGGGAUCAUCCAUUGGAGGUCACCAAGAUGGGGCCGUGCUGUGCAGGCUGCUCUCCGCACUCGGCCACUGAAGGGGGCACCGAGGGCUCUCCUCUGCUCCCCAACGGCUCUCCGUCAGUCCGCACUUACCUGGCCUAGUGGAGGGCCGCGCUUGGAAAUGUUAGGGUGAUGGUGGUGGUCUCCCCUUUUUAUUUUUCUUUUUUUUUUUUUUUUUUUGGUGUUUGCCACUGGAACUGUACCAGCCAGCCAAGUGAAGCACUAAGGAUGUGACUUUGAGGCAUGCCAGGAGAAUAAGGGUGGCAGGGUGUUCAUACAUCUACCCCCCAUAGUGCCCACUCCUCAGCUGACAUCCAGUCCCUUAACACUCGGCUUCAUCUUUAGUCCAUUUGCCAUAUCUGAGUGCCCCUCUGCUGCCAUUCACUGUGGGCUUUUGCACUUGAACCCUUGGCACUUCCUCACUUUACGUUUCUCCCUCCCACGCUGUUCCUCUCUGUCUGAGCAGCAGCUUCAGGUCAUCCCUCUGAUCUUGCGCCCUCCAUACUCAUGGACCCCCCCCCUCUUUGUAACAUAGCCCCCCCAUCGCCUUUAUCUUUCUAUAUUUGUAGAAUACCUUCUGAACCUCGGCCCCUCUUCUCAUCCCACCCCUCCACCUCCUUGUCCUCUGCUCUUUGCUCUUGAUUGGACAGCCAUGCCUCAUACCUGGGACCACCAUCAGCUCUCCCUCCUUUCAGACAACACCCCAACUUACUCAUACUGGGGUCUCCCAGACUACUGGGGGCUCACCUUCAGCUUUGUCUCUCAGAAACCCCCAAAUACCUGGGCUCUGCUAAGCUCCACACUCCCCUUUGACAGAACCCCAUAAGGGGGAUCACAUUCAGCACUCCCAAUAUUAGACAUGGCUGCCCCCCCAGGCACUCCUGCUGCUUUAGACAGCCCCACUCAGUCGUCCUCCAAUUAGAUGGCUUCUCAGUUCUCUCCCUUAUUACAUGUUCCACUUCCAUAGUAUGUUCCUGGCCCUUCUUGUGGUCUUCCCUUCUUAUAGAGAGCCCGAAAACAGCCCCCCCCCCCAACUGGUUAUUCCCCAUUUUAAGAAAGUCCAACUAUGGGCUGAAUAGACUGAACUCCCCAUUCCUCUUAGGCAGACCUCCUCAAAGUAAUCCCCCUAUUCGUUCUCUUCUUGGAUUAACCCCCCCUUUCCGGUCUGGCCCGUCUUAAUUACCCCCAAUUUUGGACUUUCCUGAUCCCACCCGUUAAACAGGACCCCUCAAUCAAAUCCCCCUACUCUUUCUCCCAUAGGAUAGUUCAACCAGAUGCCCCCCCCCCUACGAUUUUGGACCUUCCUGAGCUCCUUAACCCGUUUAGGCACCGACCCCCCCCCUUAGCCAGCUCUGCCCCAUUUCA